AUGAAAGUCUAUGCUGGCACGGGAAGAAAAUCCCAUCGUGGAGGGGAGAGAAACGCUCUCCCACCUCAAAAAACACCCCAGCGGGAAACGAGCCGAAAUCCCGAGCAGCGGCUUCGACAGCAGCAGCCACGAGCCGCAGGCUGCGCUGCAAAUGUCUGUACCGGGCGAGGAGGGGCAGGGAAACGGCAUCGGGAGGAGGAGGAGGAAGGGAAAGGGGGCUGGAGCAGCCAGACAAAAAGCCCGUCCAGGCUGCCCGGCUCCCGCAGGAGCCCGAUCCGCGAAGCUGCCUCCAAUGAAUUAACCGCAACGCGGGCUAAACGGACCACCACGUCGGAUGUCACGGGGAGGGAAAAGAUCAGUAAAGAAGCUUCAGGAUACCAGGUUUUAACAGAUGGAAGUGAAUCUAAUGAAGCCUCUAGCUUUACUGCCAGUUUACAGAAAGUAUCAGAUAAAGAAUGCAUGCCGGGAUAUAAUCAGCCAACUCCAGAAUAUGGACAAUUCCACAGAGCAAAUGACCCAGCUUGUUUUUUUAACAGCUCGAAGCGGCGCGUGAAGCGGGAGAAGCGGGACGAUGGCUCCGAGGCCGCUGCCAGUUCCAAAACUAGCUCAGGAGAUGCCUCGUCACUUAGCAUCGAGGAGACCGAUAAACUCCGGGCCAAGUUGGGGCUGAAACCCUAGGAAGUCAAUGCCGUGGAGAAGGAGGCGGGCACCCAGAAGGAGCCCGUGGCAGCCGAUGUCAUCAACCCCAUGGCCUUGCGACAACGAGAGGAGCUACGAGAAAAGCUGGCAGCUGCCAAAGAAAAGCGCCUCCUGAACCGGAAGCUGGAGAAGAUCAAGACUCUGGGGGAGGAGGACCCCUGGCCGGACGCCGCCGCAGCCUGGAUCGAGAGAAGCCGGCAGCUGCAGAAGGAGGAGGACUUGGCAGAGAAGAGGACCGAGCUGCUGGAGGAGAUGGACCAAGAGGUUGGUGUCAGCACGCUGGUGGUGGAGGAGGAGUUCGGGCGGGGGCGGCAGGACCUGUACAGUGCCUGGGACCUGCAGGGCCUCACUGUGGAGCAUGCCAUGGACUCCUUCCGAGAAGGGCAGACCGUGACCCUCACCCUGAAGGACAAAGGCGUGCUGCGGAAGGAAGAAGAUGUGCUGGUGAACGUGAACCUGCUGGAGAAGGCGCGGGCAGAGAAAAACGUGGAGCUGCGGAAGAAAAAGCCCGACUACCUGCCCUAUGCAGAGGGGAGUGUGGAUGACCCGGCGCAGCAAAAACCCCGCUCUGUCCUGGCCAAGUACGACGAGGAGCUGGAGGGCGAGCGGCAGCACUCCUUCCGUUUGGGGCAGGGCGGCCUUGCCCAUGGCCUUCGGGAACGUGAGCUGGAAGAGAUGCGCACCAAGCUGCGGCUGCAAGCUCAGUCCCUGAGCAUGGCCGGGCCGCGGCUCGCCUCCGAGUACCUGACGCCAGAGGAGAGGGUGACCUUUAAAAAGACCAAGCGGAAGGUGAAGAAGAUCCGAAAGGAGGAGAAGGAGGUGGUAGUGCGGGCUGACGACUUGCUGCCUCUUGGGGACCAGCAAGAUGAGGACUUUGGUUCCAGACUGCGGGGCCGGGGCCGGGGCCGGGGCCGGGGCCGGAGCCAAGUGCCCGAGGGAGAUGAGGAAGCCCCGGAGGAGGAGGAGGAGGAAGAGAGGGAGCCGGCGUCUCAGCCCCCACCGUCAGAUGACACUCGGGUGGAAAACAUGGAUAUCAGUGAUGAGGAGGAGGAUGGGCUGCCACCUGGGUCCCCAGAGCUGCUGGAGGAGGAUGAGGCGGAGCUGGAGCUGCAGAUGCAGAUGCAGCUGGAGAAGGGCCGCCGGUUACGGCAGCUGCAGCAGCUACACCAGCUGCGGGACAGCGGCGAGAAGGUGGUGGAGAUUGUGAAGAAGCUGGAAUCCCGCCAGCGGGGCUUGGAGGAGGAGGAGGGUCCGGAGCGGAAGGGGACCAUCGUGUUCAGCGCCACGUCGGAUUUCUGCCGUACCUUGGGGGAGAUCCCCACCUACGGGCUGGCCGGCAACCGGGAGGAGCAGGAGGAGCUCAUGGACUUGGAACGGCAUGAGGAACGCUCGGCCAAAGGCGGCUCUGAGUCUGACGGGGAGGAGAACAUUGGCUGGAGCACAGUCAACCUGGAGGAGGAGAAGCAGCAUCGGGAUUUCUCUGCCUCCUCCACCACCAUCCUGGACGAGGAGCCCAUCGUGAAUAGAGGGCUGGCAGCCGCGCUGCUCCUGUGUCAGAACAAAGGACUGCUGGAGAGGACCGUGCAGAAGGUGGCCAAGGUUAAGGCACCCAAGGAGUCCCUGCUGUCAGCAGUGUACUGCAUUGAGGACAAGAUGGCCAUCGAUGACAAGUAUAGCCGGCGGGAGGAGUACCGGGGCUUCACCCAGGACUUCAAGGAGAAGGACGGCUAUAAGCCUGAUGUUAAGAUCGAGUAUGUGGAUGAGACGGGCCGAAUACUCACACCCAAGGAGGCUUUCCGACAGCUGUCCCACCGCUUCCACGGGAAAGGCUCGGGCAAGAUGAAGACAGAGCGGAGGAUGAAGAAGCUGGACCAGGAGGUGCUCCCGAAGAAGAUGAGCUCCAGCGACACACCCCUGGGCACUGUGGCUUUGCUCCAGGAAAAGCAAAAGGCCCAGAAGACACCGUACAUCGUGCUCAGCGGCAGCGGCAAGAGCAUGAACGCAAACACCAUCACCAAGUGAAGCUGACCUCCCCUCCGAUCCCCUCCCCAACUUUAAUAUCAAAUAAAGUUUCCCCCUUAAAAAAAAUCAACAGAGCUAGAUAGAGAUAAGAUUUUUAUCAAAGGUCAGAUAAACUAUAAACAUAAAAGAAGGAACUGUAGAAGGUCAAAGAAGGACCCAAAACAUACCAUGAUGUAACUAGAGGCAUGCUUAUAGGAUCCAAUGGUAUAAAUACAGUUGUAACAGGACAAUAAGGAGAGAAUCUGGCUAUGCUGAUCAACUGAAAAAAA